AUCGGCCAAUUGUCGAUUUUAAUAUCCAAAAUUGAUUAGAAUUUGUGUAGAGUCGACCGAUUCAUUUGAUUUCAAUUCGAUUCAAUAGUUUCGAUAACUUCUGCCCACCCUAUAAGCAUAAUUUCAUCCCUGGAAGGCUUUUGCUCCGGUGUGAAAGACGGAAACAACAACUGCUCUCAAAGCCUUCCUCAAAAUUCAUACAAUCCGACUUCAAAAAUGGCUGUAAGAUUUCACCUCCUUACCACAAAGCUUCCCCCCCAGCCCAGAAAUUGGCACACCCACCCCUUCCCUUCUGCCGCUGCCGCCACCUAUUUCAUCAAAUUCCAUUCAAACCCACAUAAAGACCACAGAAUCUCAUGCACCAACGAAGAAAUCGGUAACGACGAAAUGCUGGCAGUAGAACUCGAUCUAGAAAUGAGUAAAUUGAACACCCACUUGAUCCAAAGAGAAGAAGCCUUAAAGAAAAGCAGGGAAUUAUUGUUCACGGAAUUGUGCAAUUUCAUGGGAUUGAAAUCGGAGGAUUUGAAGAUGAAAUGGGAAAAAAUGAACGAAGAGGAAAAAUCGGUUCUGGUUAAAGGGUUUGUUGCAGAGUGGAGUGCCCAUUUUCAUCCAUUGUCUGCCAAAUCUGUUAAAGAAAUGGUUGAUGAACAUUUGGUAGAAGAAAAUCCAUCUUCAAUGGCGGCUUCCAACAAAUUCUUCCCUAAUUUUUGAAAAUUGAUGGGCUUUUCCCAAAAUUAGUGAUUUAUGCUUCCUAGUUUAGGAUUUCUGAUAGAUUAUAUUACAUUCGGUGAGAAAUACUUUUCCAUGUUAAUUGUACAAGUAGGAAAGUUGCAUUGGAUACCAUGUGGCCUGGUCGAAGUUGUGUAACAAUGAAUUGAAUAAAAUGGUAAAAAUAAUUAAUAUAUAAGCGACUUUAAAUUUAUUG